GGCUCUUUCUUUGAAACUGGGCGGGACAAAACAACAGCGACGACCAAUCCUCUGCGAGCUCACCGCCUGACACCAAAAGGUAAACAGACUUGUUUUGAUCUGUCAAAAGAUCAGGCGACAGUGCUUUCACAGAAAAAGUAGUCGGUGUCAUUGUGAGCUAGAACUGUCCAAGUAAACCGGGUUGUUCCCGACGGACACCCAGGUGUCUCCGCGCGUCAUUCUGUUCCCGUUACGUGUCUUAUGGCUGUUUUAAAGCGCGUUGCUUUAGCUAGCAUGCUAACCAGCUGAUAGCUGGCUAGCAUGUUCUUCACCGUGUAAACUAAGUUAACACCAUCCGACGGCGUCGCGGCGGCAGGUCGACGGAAGGGCGUGUGCGUGUAAAGAUACGCUUUCAUGUCUCUCCCAUCGCUACGUGGAUUGAGCGAUGGCGUAAAUCUCGUGUUUAACGCGUUACAGAUCAGGACCGGGUCACGCUGACGCGCGGGAACAUUUCGAGCAACGCGCACUAACCGCUGGCCGCCCGGUCGAUCCUCCACACGACGACGGCACGUGUGGCUUAACGUUAAAUGUACAACAGCACUUAGAAUGGUGCUGGCUCGAGACAGGCGAUGAAGCCCGGACACCAGCACUCCUGCAUGGCGGAGGAAGGCUCGCUGAGUCCAAUGGGAGGACGGCCCGGCUCUUCAGGCCGCCCGAGCCGGCAGACCUUCAAGAGUCCAGCCCAUUUCCGCAGCCUGCUGGACGGCCUGCUGGUCCUCAGACAGAGCGGCAUCCUGUUCGACGUGGUGCUGCUGGUGGAGGGUCGACCCAUCCAAGCCCACCGCAUCCUCCUGGCAGCCUCUUGCGAUUACUUUAGGGGAAUGUUCGCUGGAGGCCUUCGCGAGAUGCAGCAAGUGGAGAUCCCGAUUCAUGGAGUGUCUUACAUGGCCAUGACAAAAAUACUUGACUACAUUUACACGUCAGAGAUCGAGUUAGACCUGGAGUGUGUGCAGGAAGUCUUGAUGGCUGCCACACUAGUGCAGCUUGAGAUUGUCAUCAGCUUUUGCUGUGAUUUCCUUUUCUCCUGGCUGGACGAGAGCAACAUCUUAGAGGUCCAUAAUCUAGCGGAUCUCUACGGACUGCAACAACUCAACGCCAGGGUCCACUCCUACAUCCUCGGGAACAUCCAGACGUUGUCUCGCACCGAUGUUUACCGACAACUCCCCCAGGAGGAGGUGUUCAGCGCGCUGAGCAGCGAAGAGCUUCAAGUGAACAGUGAGAACGAGGUGUACGAGGCGGCGCUUCACUACCACUACAGUCCUGAGCAGGUGGAAACUGACCAGGUGUACUUGCAGGUCAGUCCCAAGGACAAUCUCAAGAUGCUGGAUGCGGUGCGUUUCUGCCUGAUUGAGAAACAAGUGCUGCAGAGGCUGUACGGCCGACUGAACCAGUGUCCGCUGAAGGACUCGGUGUCAGCCGCCCUGCGGUACCAUGAGCAGGAGAUCCGGCAGCCCGUCCUGCAAAGUCCUCUCACUCAGCCACGGUCCACCUUCUACUGCAUUUUGGGCUUCGGGGGGAUGUUCACCUCCGGAUCCCUCACGGACAACGAGCAUCUGUUCCAGGUGUUCCACCCGAGCUGGGGGGAGUGGAGGACUCUGACCGCACCGAACACCCCCCGAAUGUCCAACCAGGGCAUCGCUGUGCUCAACAACUUUGUUUAUCUCAUCGGAGGAGACAAGAACACCAGUGGGUUUCGCGCAGAGACGCGCUGCUGGAGGUACGACCCUCGUCACAACAGCUGGUGCUCCAUUCAGCCCCUUCAGCAGCAGCAUGCUGACCACUGUGUGUGUGUGAUGGGCGGCUAUAUUUACGCCAUCGGAGGGCGGGACUACAGCAAUGAACUGGAGUCAGUGGAGCGCUACGACCCACACACCAACAUGUGGGAGUUUGCAUCACCCCUGAAGAGAGAGGUCUACGCCCACGCUGCGGCCGUGCUGGAUGAUCACAUGUAUAUAACAUGCGGGCGCAGAGGAAAUGCGUACCUCAGCGAGACCUACUGUUUUGAUCCUGCGGCCAAUCAUUGGACAGCUUGUGCUGAGGGGCCGGUGGAGCGAGCGUGGCACGGCAUGGCGGCUGUUAAUGGACGCAUUUAUGUUAUUGGUGGAAGCAAUGACGAGCGUGGAUAUCGCCGCGACGUCCUGAAGGUGGCCUGCUUUGACCCCAAAGCCAACUCUUGGUCUCUGCUGACCCCCCUCCAUGCGGGACACGGAGAACCCGGCAUCGCUGUGCUGGACAGUCGCAUCUACGUCCUGGGAGGACGCUCGCAUGACAAGGGCAACCGGAUGAAAUACGUCCACGUGUACAACACCGAGGCGGACGAGUGGGAGAACGAGACGGAGUUCAAGGAGCGCGUCUCCGGCCUGGCCGCCUGCGUGGCGCUCAUGUCCCCGGCUGUGAUCGCCCAGGCCAGGAGCUGGGAGCAGCGCACCAAGGCUUCAUGGGAGGAUGUGGACAUGGACAACUCUGAGGACUCCGGUGAGGAUUGAAGCAGCCGCGUCGAACUUAAAGUCUGAACUGGAAGUCUGUCUGAUCACCGGAGACUGUCGUGCACUUUUCUUCCACCGCAUGUUGAAGUGCCCGGAGGUUAUCUUCGGGCAGCAUCGGGUCCUCCUUGCACGUUGAUUGCUUUGAGUGCCUCUGAACAGAGUCGUUCAGGACACUUUUUAAAUUACGUUUGAUUUAUCUUUUUACAUCAUCAUAACCCUGCUGUCAUGCUACUGCUGAUCCCUCAUUCUCACAUGUGAAUUGAGUUGUUUAUCAGAGAGAGAACCUCGACAUCUUUAGGUGACACAAAGCAGCAAAGAAUUCUGGCUAUGCAAGAGCACUCGGUGAUUUCAGAUCCGCCGAAAUCUGGUCAGAGAUUAUAUGGCAGGAGUUACCUUUUUUGAUUCAUUGUUAAUAUAUGGGAUUUAAAGACCAUUGUUGGACUUAAAAUAUAAUUGAGUUUUUGUUUUUGACUUUUUUUGCAUUGUUUCUAUACGAUGAAGUGGGUUAGGUUGAAGUUACACUUUUUUGAAAAUAUAUUUGAACAUUGUGCCUUGUUUUUGUGGUGACAUCCUCAACGUGUGCUGUGAAGUGUAUAUUGCAUGUUUCAGUGUAUUCUCCAGAUGCAUAUGAGCCUUUAUUAUUAUGCCUCUUACAUUACAAUUUGUUUAAAACACAUUGAAAUGGUUUGUGGCUGCACCUGAACGAUGAGGCGCCGGUGCUGCGGGUCGUAGACCGAUGUCUGGUUCUGAUUUAUGAAUGUCCAGUCUGGAUUAUGUUUGUGAUGAAAACCAAACCAUCAUUGUCAUAUUUGUUGUGUCCUCUCAUGGAUCUUCCACACGGUAUAAACCUAUAUUGCAUUAUUGAAUUCAAAGAUCACAAUGAGGAGUGGUUGUAACGUCGGGCUCCACUCCGUGCUUCUGCUCGAUGCCUCACUUCCUCGGUAUGCGGUUUAUUCUAAGAAUAUUCUGACAUCUAAGAAGUUUAAUGACGCUGUGAAUCCUUUACCGUCAAUGGAAACACUCCACGAAGUCUGUUUUUAAAUGUGAUUUUCUUUUUCCUAUAGUGAGAAUUUCAUCUGAAGAAGAAAAUGCAAUAUAUUAGAACACACUUGUCACAUAAGAGACAUGCAAACACGAUAUCAUAUCCAUGACUUACAUCUUGUGAACUAAUAAAGAUACUAAUAUAU